UUCUCAUGGAGAGCGUAGAGAUCAUCUCAGGAAUCCCAUACGAAUCUCAAAACUCAUGUAAAAAUCAUACCCCAAGUCCAAGAACUGUAGAAACAGAAGAAAAAAGCAGCAUGAAGCUUCCAAAGAGGUUUCUAGGGGUGAGACAAAGGCCCUCAGGAAGAUGGGUUGCUGAAAUCAAGGACUCCUCACAGAAUCUGAGGCUGUGGUUAGGGACUUUCGACAGUGCAGAAGAGGCUGCUCUGGCUUAUGACAGCGCCGCCAGGCUUCUCAGAGGAAGAAAUGCAAAGACAAACUUCAUCAUGAACACACAUGAUCAAGAAAGUUGCAGCUUACUGGGAAAGAAUCCUAGGGUGUUUCAGCUUCUUCAGCAUGCAGUUAUGAAGAACCACCUUGCAAGAUCGCUUCACCCAGCCGCGGAAAAACAGAAUCCAGGUGACAAGGUUAAGUCAAUCUAUUUUGAUACGACCCUUGUCGAGGAGACUAUAGUUUGUUCAUCAAGCUCUGAAUUCGGAAGCUGUGGUUUUGACCAUGAUAGAAACAAUCUUUCACGCUUUUCAUUUGGUAGUUCCAAGGUUUAUUCUUCUGUUUUUGUGGCUCCUUCUUUCAGCGCUUCUCUAGGAGAAGAUCGAAAAAAUUGCCAAGAGGCUUAAUUAGGUAUUUAAAUAUGCAAAUGGACUGUCAAAGAAUGGAAAGUUUUCCAGGUAAAUUAUGUUAUCCAUGUUCGUUUUCAGUACUUAUUACUUCUUCUCCUCCAACCGCAUACCUGGAGAUUUGCCAAUUGCCUUCGCCUUCCCUCAUGCUCCCCUU